AUGCCGGCUCCUACUCCUUCCGAGGGCAGCACCCGUAAUUUGACAGACACCGUUAGUUCGGGCAGAAUUUCAAAGAAUCCAAAAGCUUGUGAGGAAUGUCGCCGUAGAAAGCAGAAAUGCGAUGGGAAAACUCCGUGUAGCCUCUGCACUAAGCGGGAUAGUCACUGCUCUUACCGAUCCUAUAUCCGGCAACGGGCUACGCGUGCGUCUUCAACAAAACACCAUGAAACGAUGAUGUCAAGCUUCUCCAGCACAGUAAACGGUCCACGAGACUUACCAACACGAACAUGUGACAAUGAUCGCUCAUCAGAUGGCCUACCUCGUUCCCUGCCGCCUCGUCUAAACAUCUUCAACAACAUACGUGCGACACAAGACACACCGCGCGGUAGGAUCGAAUUGUUCUAUGGGGCGUCAUCGCCAUUCUCUGUAUUGCCGCAUCUCGAUGCACACGUUCCGAUGCAGGGAUCUCCUGUUGUUUAUUUGGAUACCGUUGCUGAGGAGAUUCAGAACGGCAACCGGAGUAUCCGAAGCUACAACUACCAGAACAUUGUUUUUGAUCAUUUGCCUAGCCCUGAUACGCAUCUAGAUGGACUCGGAAGCACCAGUUAUGCUUCUGCAAAGAUAGCGUUGCGUAACUUUCUGGUGACAGCAUGUCCUCGACUGCCUUUCCUGGAUCCAGGGAUUCUCUGCGCCAAUUUCGAGAGUAUGUAUUCUAGGAACACUGGUGUCACCCUGUUUGCCGCCGAAAAAGCUCUUGUUAUCACAGCACUAGGCCUAGGUGCGCUGCCACUCAUUGAACUCUCAUACAGGCAGCUUUUUAUUGAACAAGCUCGUGCAGAAGCGGUGACUAUGUUGUAUGACAUCAACAUGAAGACAGUACAGGUAACCCUCAUGAUGGCACUAUUUGAGUUUCAAGCUGGAAGCCCAAACAUUUGCUAUCUACACCUUGGAAGCGCUAUUCGCAAAGCCUUCGCCGCCGGAGUACACCGUACUGAUACCCACGAAGCGAAGCAAACAAUGUGGGCAUUGUACUGCAACGAAAGCAUGGUUUCCUUCACACUGGGCAAGCAGCCUGGUUUAGCCGAGAAACACAUCACUCUUCCGCGGGCAGAUGAUGCGUCUCAUUCGGCUCAUUUGGUUCGGCUAUGCACUAUUGUUCGCUCUGCUUAUCGGAUAUAUCAUCUUGAUGACACGGUAGUAGCGGAUUUGACUGCUGCUAGAUCCGUGCACCAACAACUCUGCGAUUUCUCUGCCCUGAUCAAGAAGAACACUCGACUCGAGAUUGGUGGGCAAAUAUAUGCUCUAGCAGGAGAGGAUCUAACGUGGCAUAUUGCCAUCUCAUACGGCAAGCCGACUCAACUUUCGUGUCCGCCAAUCAACUGACAACACUCCAGUGUACUACGUCACAAAGCUACUUCUGUUCAGACCUUUCCUCUUGCUAUGUUUGGAGCUGAAGCGACGCGGAGUAAAUGACGUUCUCAGAGAACGCAAUGGCGGCGUCGAGAUGGUGGAGCUGCAUGAAGCUGCUGAGCACUCCAUGCAAGCAGCAAGAGACAUCGUCGACUUCUGUGACUCUUUGUUUUCUCUGGACAUUGGAAUUGAGGUGCCUAGUCUGACUGCUGCCACCUGUGAUUCAAGCUUUAGUCUAACAAGAGCAGGGCCUUUACAACCAUGCUUUCUACCUUGAGAGUGCCUGUUUCGUUCUUGGUCUCGCCGCCGUAUACAACGCCGCCCACGGUCCAUCUGAUUAUCUUGAGAAAGUCCAGACCGGUCUGCGUUUACUUCGACGCCUGGGAUCGCGGGAGCCAGUCCGAAGCACUAGCGCAGCAGUCGAGCAGAUGAUUAACAGGAUCUACGCAUUACCAGAAAGAUCUGGACCGCUUGUUAGAGAAACCAUCAGUGGUGAUCAACUGCCGACUGCUACAGCCAACCCGUCACAUGAUGCAGACCAGUCGGCGAACUCUAUUGCAGCUCUCUCAACCACCCAUCCUGAGCAGGAGGUCUUUGCUCCUGUUGGCUGGAACGAUGAUAUAUUACUAGACGACUUGUGGUCAAUGAUGGAUUGGAAUGUUGGGUUUCCAUCGAUGGAUCUGACGUCAACUCCAGGGCUGUAA